AGUCGGGAAAAUCGCAUUGAAUGGAAAAGCCUUUUAUAUCGGUAUUUAAUCUAGAGUCAGGAAAAAAGAAAAAUAAAAUCUACUGGGAGAAGCAGCAGCAAAAAAAAACAGUUUCAACUAUUUUCACAGCGAUUCGUGGUUUCCGUCGCUAGCAGUUCCAGCGUGGGAUAGAAUGGAUGACAAGCUUUGUUUUCAACAACAAGAUUCACUUUGUGAUUGCUAGUAAACCAUUCACCAUCGAACGGAAAAACUCACCUUUACCAGCCGCAGUUCGUGUGUAUGUUGUCAUAGGUGCAAUUUUUGUUACGUCCGUUCCUUUGCCGUUGAGUACAUAUCGGAUAAUUGUGUUGUAUCGAUUUUCUUGACGUUUGUUGAGUUUUCAAUUGUUUCGUUCCGGCUUGACCGUUAAAAAACUCCAGCAAAUACAUAUAUCGGUGAAAAUAGCAUGAAUGUUGUUGAGAUUGGUAGUGUUUUAUCGUGUUGUGGUUACAGAAAAUGAAAAUUACAGUUCGUCGUGGAUAGUUGGCAAACAAUGCACGAUCAGUAUCGGAAGAGUUAUUUUCAGUGAAACAUUUGAAUCAGAAUCUGGUUUUGUAAAUAACAAACCGUGUUAAUAUACAUUGUAUAAUCUGAUAUUAAUGAUAACAGUUUGUGUAUAAACAAAAGUGCAUAUGAAGUAACCAAGAAAAAAUAAAACCGACACAGCUUGAAGUGCAUGUUUAUUUGGGGAAAAUUUUGCGAAUAUCCAAGUUUGAACGAAAACGUGUAAAAAAAAAGUUAAGCAUCGCGAAGUAGUUUACAAACCGGUGACCAUUUUUUUACGGAAGAAAACAAAUAUCUUAAUAGGAAACGAAUUAAUUACAAAGCGUUAGAUUUCUGUUGUUCAUUUUAUUCCCAUCUACGUGACGCAAAAAGUUUUGCUCAAGAGAAAGCAUAAAAUAAAUCAACAGCAUAACCAAUUACAGAAAAAGUAACAACCUGAAGCAUAACAAUUAAAUUAAGAACAAACGAAUGUGGUGAAAAAGUGUUCGAGCAAAAAGAAGAACAUCAAACACAGUACGUGUAUUACAACAUAUAGUAAAGCCUGGAAGCAACAGUUUCAAUCUAAAUAUUUUCACCGUUGCUAAUAAACCGACAGAAAGAUCAGUUGAAACUCAGCGAUUGCCACAGGAAUUUCAAUUUAAAUCAGUGGUAUCGUUCUCAUUAGUGUUAUUUCCAACCUGAACACUGCUGAAUGCUUUCUGUCGUCAGUUCUGCUGGAAGAUCAGAGCUUUACGCACACAUUUGCCAGUUCUAGAAGAAGAAAAAAUAAGUCGGAGGAAAAGCCAGCUAUACUUGGACUUUGGAUCGACACAUGGUGUUCGAUUCAACAGUGCGUCAAUAAAUUCCGUCACCAUUUCGUCGACAGUGGUGAAACGAAGGCCAGCGCCGCAAAUCACGGUAGCGAGCGCCCCACAAGUCUUAUCGCCGAAAAGACUGUGCACCACACCGCUGGCCGGUGCGGGAACAAUUCCGGCCUUAGGUAAUUGCCUAGUAGCUACACAUCCCCAGGCUUCGGCUGCAGCUGCCGCAGCGGCAGCUGCAUUGUUGCAACAUCAUCAGGUCCAGGCAGCCCAGCAUCAGUUUCAACAGCAGCAGCAACAGCAACAUCAAGUGCGCCUGCAAAAUCAACACCACCAGCAGUUGCUAGAGUCUGCCAGUGUUGCCGUCGCGGCAUCCGUUCAACAACAACUGGUAUCGGGUCCACUUGCCAUCACCUCCACCUGCCACAGUCAGCAGCCAAUGUUCACAUCACCGAUUGUGGCCCAAUCCAAUCCGGCUGUCAGCACACAAUCCAUCAACGGUUCGCUUAACGUGAACGCAGUCAACAAUAAUCACAGUCUCGGACAGACGCAGAGCAGUCUCACCGGCAACAACACCAAAAUGGAUAAUUCGAUGGGACAAAUGCCACCAAUGGCUCCACUGGCGCUUUCUCAGAGCAUGGAUUCGGUCAACACCGCUAGCAACGAAGAAGAGGUACGCACUCUCUUCGUUAGCGGAUUACCGAUGGAUGCGAAGCCACGAGAGCUUUACUUGCUGUUCAGAGCCUACGAAGGGUACGAGGGAUCUCUGCUGAAGGUUACGAGCAAAAAUGGAAAAACAGCAUCGCCGGUUGGUUUUGUCACGUUUAGCACACGUUCGGGUGCCGAAGCAGCGAAACAGGAUCUGCAGCAAGGUGUACGCUUCGAUCCUGAUAUGCCCCAAACAAUACGCUUGGAAUUCGCCAAGAGUAACACUAAAGUGAGCAAACCAAAACCACAACCUAAUACAGCGGCCACAGCUGCACAUCCUGCAUUGAUGCACCCACUUACUGCUGGACACUUAGGUACUCCAUUUUUUCCUGGGGGCCACGAGCUAUGGCAUCAUCCGUUAGCAUUUUCGGCAGCCGCCGCUGAUCUGCCCAGUGCUGCCGCCCUGCAGCAUGCGACACUCGUCCAUCCGGCACUGCAUCCUCAGGUACCGCAACAAAUGCAAAUGCCACACCCAUCAGCAAUACAUCCAGCAUCGAUGCAUGUCUCGGCAGGAUUACCAGCAAACCAUUUUUUACCAAGUCCGGCCUUAGCCAGUCCGGUUGGCAGCACCGGUGGUAAUCAGCCGCCUAAUCCACCGCUCGCUGCCAACGCUCCCUGUUCAACGUUGUUCGUUGCUAACCUGGGACAGUUUGUCUCGGAACACGAGCUUAAAGAAAUAUUUGCUAGUCUGCCUGGCUUUAGUCGCCUCCGUAUGCACAGUAAGGGCACAUCAACCGCUGCUACUACUACUACUUCUUCUACUACCACUACUACUACCACUUUCAAUACUAACGUCGCUGCUCAAGUUGCAUUCGUUGAGUUCAAGAAUGUGGCAAGUGCUGCGGCUGCUAUGAGCGCUCUCCAGGGCAAGUAUCUGCUCUCGUCCGAUCGUGGCGCCAUGCGGAUCGAGUUCGCCAAAUCCAAAAUGGCAGCCGAUGUACCGUCACAUCACUUUUACCACCUGCACAUGCAGCAGAGAGAAGGGAGCGGGUAUGGAGCAAAGAAUGGAACACCAUUUGGGGAAGAAGAGUGAACGAACCGAUCUCAACACAUACAUAAUGGCAACAACUUGACCCCAUCAUCAACAGCAACAGCAAAAUCAUCAUCUACAGACGGCGAACACCUUUAUCAACAACUCCUAUACCAAUGGAACUAACGGAAACGGACUUGGAUUCAGCAUUGCUAACGGUAUAUCGACGACUGGACGAUACAACAGUAUCAAUAACGACAACAACAACGGGCUCUACGCAAUCACCAUCCCGCAGCCGAGAGCGUAAAACGGUUGUCGUACUCUUUCAAAAUUCAUAAUCAACGUUCGACAUUCUAUUCGUGAAAUUCAACCAAACAGUUCUAUUAUUUUUGGCGAGUAAAAAACAAAAGAUGUGAUAACAUAAGAUUGACACUAGCAAACAAACCUUUCAACCCUCUAACUUAUUCAAUUGAUCGUACUAAACCAAAAUGUGCCCUAAACCAUUGCAUAUUGAGUAUUGUUUUAAUAUCAUAGUUUGUUUUUUUUCGUUACAUGUUAAACAACUUGAAGUUUUGUUGAGCGUUAGGAUACAACUCUUACUAGCAAACAAAAAUGUGAAACAUUUGAAAACGGCAACAAAACGUGUGAUUAGGGUUUCAACCAUUCAAACCUAUUUGUACGAAAUUAUGAGUAACAUAGAACGACUACGAUAAAUGAUAAAUGAAUGAAAAUAAAACACAAGCGAGAAGCAAUAAUUGUAUUGUACAUGAAAUAUCAAUACAUAUCAAAGAUUUAUAGUGUAAGGGAAGAAUGAUAGUUUCCAAAACUAAUCGUUGAUUUAUAAAGCCUAUUUGUAAGUAAGCAGAUAACAACAACAACAUCCAGCAGGAGUCGCACUGGGCGAUGUGCGGAGGGUAUGCUAAACCCAAGUCAUGUUUCCGUGGUGAUCACAUCGGGUUUUAGGGGGGGAGGGUCUUCGUUCGUUUAGGAUACUACUGACAGGACUCGGAUCAUACAAGCGUACGCUUGUAGCUAGUGAAUGUAGCGAAUAUUUUAGACAACAUCACUGUUCUUUACAAAAAUUAAACCUUAUCCAAACAAAAAAAAACAAAUAUGAUGUUAUCAAGUUACACAACAAAUGUUACAUACAAUUGAACCGUGUGAGGAUACCCGAGAGAAAAACCGAAUAAUCUAUAUGCGUGUGGACACACGGACAAAUCUUGAUUGGGAAGCAAAGGUCAACCCGUGAUAGAGACAAACCGACGGAGGUUGUGCACUGCACGAAAAGAUAUAACCGCAGAUUUUUGCGCAGUUACCGUCAAUUAGACACUGUAAAACACCAAAGAAUUUCAUGAGUUCCUAUCGGCAGAAAGGAAGUACGAUAAACAAAAUAUACCUACGAAACAACACAGAGAAGCUAUGUCAUACCAAAGUGUAAGAGGAAGAAAAAAGAAACACGUUCAAUUUCUCGAAGGCCUCCGAGGGUUGACUUUGUCCCUUUUCCCAAUCAAUCCUGUCCCACCAACAAGUGAAUGACAUUUGUGAGGAGAUUACAUUGAACGUUACGCGCGGCUAAGAGAGAAUAUUAUGAACAUAGCAAUAAGUAGUGAAACAUUUUUCAGUGUUUGAUUUAUUGAUAAAUUAGGCUCCUAGGCAUCUAUCCAGGCAAAUUUUUAGAAAACUUAAAAAAAUCGGGAAAGUGUGAUCUUUGACUGUUUUUCUUCGCGGAACGGUCAAAGCUGAAGGUAGCUGGUUAACAUCGGGGUUCAGAAUACGCAUCUUGCGGUGCAGAAUACAGAGCAGUAUGCGAACAUCAAAUUAGGGCAGAUCAAAAACCAAGGGAAGAAAGGUAUGAGAGAUGAAUGCGAGGUGAAUAAUCAUUCCGUCCAAUACAAUGUGUAGUUAAAUCGGAUGAGUAUAGAUCUGUUUCAAAGACGACAAUCUGUAUCUUGGUCCGGCCCCCAAAAGCAUAGCACGAUGAGGGACCUUCAAAUUGGCAAAGAGCAGAACAUCUUGCUGCCUCAGAACAAGGGAGGUCUCCUAUCUGAGCUAGCUUUUGCGCGGGAGAUAAAUGAAUACAUAUCAACUUUUGGGUUAAAUUUAAAUGUAGGGAAAAUAAGUUAGUGAAAUAAUCAUAAAAAAUAACUGUCUAACUGCUAGAGAUGCAUCCUAUGACGACUAUGAGAACGAUGUGUUUAUUUCGCGUUUCGGAUCAAACUCAUUUUCAUUCACAUCAAAUCUAUGAAGACUUCUCAUACAUUAGCCGUAGGAUGUUUAGCUUGGAUAAACGUAAUGGAAUAUGUGAUAAAUGAUUUAGUAAAACAGCGUCGAGAAAAAACUUGUUAUUUUUAGAAGGCUAACCAAAUGCAGCCAAAAUCUCAAGUUUAAAGAAAAAAUGCAGGUCGAUCAACAUACUAAACCAAACAUAUUUCCCACUUGUUUAUAAGAACACGGCUAAUUGAGUGUAAAUGUAUACUUGGGUAUCGUUUUAGAGCAAAACAAAAACAAAUUGCAGCUACGUUUCUUCGAGCGAUCUUUUCUAGAACUUUAUAGACGUCUGAUGAUGACUAAUCAAACUUCAAAUGCCUUCUAGCUUUAUUUGAAUAACUUGUUGAUUAUGCGAUCUUUGCAAAGCUAAUUAUUAAAACAUUUCAGUUCCCCAGUUUGAUUCAUUUGUGAAGAUGAAAGAAACAAAAACGGUACGAGGAAUAAAUAAAAAAAACUAGACUAAUUAACGAUAUAAAAGAUUAUUCAAUGGAGAAAAAAAAGUGUUACGAUAAAUCAACAAUUCAAACAUAUCAAUUUCGUGCCCGAUCAUAUUGAAGAGAAAUUUAUUGAAGAAAAUGUGAACAUAUAUUAGUAGUAACUGACGAGAAUAUAAUAUAUUAACUAUACAUUUAUUACAACUAUGAAAAACUAUCACUCUAAAUAACAAAAAAAAAACUAAAAUACGCUAAAAUUGUGAAAUGUGAAGCAAAAAUAAUAUUGAUGUAUUUGUUCAAAUAUUAUGAUAGGCGCAAUGUUGAAGGAUUUAAAGGCAAACUUCAUCUAUUUGUUUUUCUAACUAUUCCUUCACUUCUACUCCGGACUGGAACAGUGAACGCAACCGGAAAAGACACUCUCGAAGUGUGUUCACAAUUGGAAACAAACGCCUCUCUAGGUUCAUUCGUGAUUCUGACAAUCAAAACAAAACAUCUCUUUACAAUGAACCACUGUCACUUGAAGUGUCUAGCGGCGAACUCGCGGCACUUUUAGGAAGAGGGUUGAUCGAAUGCGAUUUGAUUCUCCCCAAAACGUAAGAGGACCUACGACUUUCGCUUGCAGCCUACUUUCCAGUCUGAGUAAACACUGUAAAUCCUAUUGAAUAUUUUCUGUUCUCUCGAAUUUGAUAUACAAAAAAAAUUAACCAAAGAUAUGUACUGUAUUAUUUAAAUUAUUUAUUUAUUCUGAAGCCAAUGCUAAUUUAUUUUUUGCUUUACCCUUAAUAAAACAACUAAUUUGUAACAGUUAAACAUGGAUAUAUAUAUUUUUUCGAAUAAUACAAGUAGAACGCAUAACAGCUGAUAAGCAUAACAGUGAAUAUAUAUAUUUAGCUAUAGAGUAUGUAGUACAAUGGAAUGUAAUAUCUAGAAUAAUAAUAGACAGAUGUUAAUUAAACUGAUAUAACGUCAAACUAGUUCGACAGCUAAUCUAAGAUCAGAGUUUGGACAAUGAGACGAUCAAAAAUCGCUACGGCAAUGCAUUCGCAGGAAAACAGCAAUGAAAGAGAAAACAAAAAAAAAGUCAAACUAAAACUUGCCACCUUCAUUAAACCCAUUCCUUAUUGACGCGCUAAGUGAUGUGUCGAAAGCAAGGACGAAGAAAUAAAAAACAAAACGCUAAUUUACAGCAAAAAAUACAAGCAAUUGAAUUACGCUAUCUCACUCGUUUUGUUUGUACACCUAACAAAUUCGAUAUAGCUAACAAGAAGACACGGAACAUCGCAAAGAAAACCUUACAAAAUAUCUUAAUAUGAAAAACUGUUAUCAAUUUAUAGAGAAAAGUAAACGAAACAAAAAAAAAAUGACAAUUCUACCAAAAACGCCUUCAGCGACAACUACAAACUCGUAGCUGAGACUUUUACCUAGUCAAAUAUUUUUAUAUACUAACCAAAACAAUAAGUAAAACCCCAUGAAUCUGGCGACACUGCUCGCAGUCUGUCUUUAGCCUAUUUAGAGCACAGAAACGCUUCUCAGCUUAUACUUUCAACUGUUUUCUCUCCCCCACACACAUACACACACGCAUUCACGUAAAGGCGAUCCAAUUUAAAGCAAACGCAGCGCUUGAUUUGAUGAUCAACACUAGCAAGCGUCACUUCUUUCAUUCAAAAACGCGUACCGAAGCGCGCAAUUGAAAAUCACGAAUUCACGAAUGCUUCGAUCUAAAGAGAACAGAAACUCUGCAAAUUUGUUACGGUUUUGUUUUCUUGUUAUUAUCGAAUAUGCACACACACAAAGAUGUAAAACAAACAAUGAGCACAUUGCACACACUCACUCACUCUCAUACAAAGGAAUACAUUCGAUGGCAUUGCAAGAAAAAAGCACAGAAUUAAUGACACAACAAAGGGUUAUUUCAGUUUGUAGUUGUUAAUCACCCCACCACCCCCCGGUACACCUACCCCACACCCCCUGAAUAGAUGGGUUAAUUUGUCUUAAUGGUGCACAAUGUUCUCUCUGAGUUUCCCACCAAACCCCUCACAACUCAUCUCUUUCUCUCAUUCGUUUCCUUUAAUUUAAUCGUUUUUUACCGUUUUAGAGUUUUUCCAAUUAUCUAAAAUACAUUGUUGUUGAAAAAUUGAAAUGAUUUCGAUAAUAAUUUUAACUGUACGAUAUAUGAACAAGAGAAAAUUUUUGACAAAUAUUUUUAUCUAUUCCUAAAAAGUGAUAAAAUAUAUUAAAACGGAGGAAAAGGAAAUAAUAUUGAAACUUUUUAUGGGAAUCUUAUAUAUUAUUGUAAUAGACAUAGAGCAAAACGUGGUUAAACAGCAGACAAACGAAGCAAGUAAUAAAUUAAUUAAAGUAAAAUAUAAGUGGACAAACAGUAAAAGAAGAAAAAAGACGCUGGAGAGAAUCUCUCAAUCUACGGCAGAGCGGGGAAAGAGAAUCUUUCAGGAGACGAUUGUGAUUAACCUUUUUCCUUUCGAGCUAGAAUUCGUUCCGAAGAAGUUCCCUUCUAUGUUGAUACCAUUUUUAAAAACACAAGAUUUUCAUUCGAAUUCUUCGAUAAGUUUUAUGCUCUUCCAGCGUUUCCGCCGCCAAGCGCCGAGUACGUACUGAAUGAUAUGGUUUCAUAGGGGAGUUCCCACUCCAUCUACACCAUUUGGCAAACGGUAUUGCUUACAUAAAACAUACAGACAAAACAAAAACAUGAGUACGAGCUUUCUAGAACCUUCUAACCUCUUCUCUCUGCACUAUUCUCUCUCGGAGCUGGCAACGCUGGCGACGCUGGAACGGCGAACCACUUGAUUAUUGUGCACUGUUAUUAUUUUAAUACGAACAAAAAACUCCUAAUCGUAACAACUGUUCUGAAUUGUUAGCUUUCAGUUUGGUAAGUCUCUCUCACUGUAUAACAUCACACAGAAUCUCAUUAUUUGACUAAACUAUAAUUUUCUAGAGCACCUUUAGGUUUCAUUCGAAAUGUACAUAACAUUCUCCGUACACAUUUUCGUGUAGUCUCAAUGAUGACUUAAUCUUAUCAGUUGACGUCGUCGCCUCGUUUCAUUCUUUUCAGAAGACAUACAAUUCAGAACAGGAAUGGCCUUAAAUAAAAUUUUAAAGAAACAUAAGAGUAGAAAGUAAUAAAAAUAAAAAAAAGGAAAAGGAUAUUUAAAUUGAUUUUUAAAGUUUUUUACGAGAAUGACAAAAAUCAAUUAAAACAUAAACAUAAACAUUACUUUGAAACUUUGAAUACCAAAUCAAAGCAUAUGAGGAAAUCAUUGAAAGUAAAGAAAAAUAGUUUACGAAUAUGGAUCAACGCAAAAAAAGUAAAACAAAACAAAUAAGCUAUUAGUCGUUACAGAUUGAAUAAGUACCCUCAUGCAUCCCGGACCUGGAUGUUUAAUUUCCAUGAUACUAUAUCGACGUAAUAGCUAACAAAACCCAAAAUGGUAACCAAUUCAAACCAACAUCCAUUCCAAAUUCAAUAAGAGGAUUCAUGAUCACAUCCGUGGCAUAGACAUAUUAGAGAGCGGAUCGAAAAAAAACGUUGAUACAAUAAUUAACUAGAGAUAUGUGGGUACAUCUCAGCGAGAAACGUUAUUAAGAGGAAAUCAUUCUACCUGAAUGUCAUGACACAAAACAAAAGCAAACAAGAAACAAAUCGAAAUUCGAAAUUUGCGAUCAGGCAAGAUCGAUGCAAACCUAUGACGCUACAAACUGAAAAUCUCAAUCCUUGAACCGAACGAAAACAAAAAAAAACAAAACGAAACAAGCAAAGAUAACAAGACACAACAAGAGAUCAACAAAAUGAUGACAAAUUGUACUAACUAUCGAAUGCUAGAUAUAAUUAACAUUGUAUAGGGUCCAAAGGUGGGGUAAAGUGAAAAAUUAAAUUACAAAUAAAAUAAAUAUGGAAUAACAUAAAAUAUCAAA